AUGCAGAUUCUCGAAAAAGCUGCCGCGUCCAUCGGAGAAGGCACCUCCGCACGAGCGAAAAGUUCCGACGCGCGCGGUGGACGGCAGACGCGUCGUUGGUCGGAACCGAUGGAUCACGGCGGCGCGGGGUUCGCACAACACGAGCGACGACGCGCCGCCGCCGCGCGUCGCCGCCUGGCGCACCUCGCCGGCGCGGUGGCGGAGCCCGCGCCGACGCUGCGCCUCGAGCCGUGCGCGGCGCACCUGCACCCGGGCACCGCGGUGGUCGUCGGGGGGAUGGUCCUCGACGUGACGGCCUCCCCAGCCCCGGGCGCGUCACUCCGCCGGGGCUCAUCAACCCCCGGCGUCGUGCGCCAGAAUCCCGGAGGCGUCGGCCGCAACAUCGCCGAGGGCAUCGCGCGUCUCGUCGGCCCCCACGGCACACCGCCGCUGCUCAUCGCCGCCGUGGGCGACGACCUCGCGGGCCGCGCGCUCAUCGACGCGUGGCGCGCGGUGGGCGCGGACCCGCGCGGCGUGCGCGUGUGCGCCGCCGCGUCCACACCCGUCGUCACGACGGUGCUCGAUCACGACGGCGAGGUCGCCGCGUCUGUCGCGGACACGCUCACCGCGGAGACGGGCGUCGACCCAUCGUGGAUCUCCUCAUUCGCCGACUCCAUAGGACGCGCCACGGUGUGCGUCGUCGACGGUAACUGCACCCCGGAAUGCAUCAACCACGUCGUGGAAUGUACCCAGCGCGUCGUGGGGGAGUGGGCCAACGGCGAACAGAAACCCAUCGUGUGGUUCGAGCCCGUGUCCGUUACAAAGUCGGUUCGAGCCAACGCGUCGCUCGCGAAGAUCGAUUACGCGUCGCCAAACGCGGCGGAGUGUCGAGCGAUGGCGAACGCGCCGCGCCGCGGACGGGGAUCGAACCCGCGACCGAUGGACUCCGCCAUCUUCGAGUUUACCAGCGCGGAGGCGGCGGUGGCGGAGAUGCGGGACGACGUGGAGGUUUUGCUGGACGCGGGCGUCGGCGCGGUGGUGCUGACGUUGGGCGCGUUGGGUUGCGUGUUGUGUCGCGGCGGGGGCGGCGAUUGGACGCACGUGCCCGCGCUUAAGGACGGUCCGCCGCUGCGCAGCCUCGUGGGCGCCGGGGACGCGCUGGUGGCGGGGGCGUGCGCCGCGUUGGCGGCCGGGAGGGACGACGAGACCGCCGUUUGCGUCGGGGUGGCGCUGGCGCGGCGAGCGGCGGAGGUUGACGGCGCCGUGCCCGCGGGUCAUCAUUCGCUUCGAUCGCUGGAGAGGGACGUGGCGGGGACGCUGGCGUCGGUUCGGACGGUUAAUCGUCGUCGCGGGGACGCGCGGCGCGAGUCGGUGACGUCCGGGUGCGGGUGA